GAACGACAACUCUGCGUUGAGUUUUUGAGUUUGGUUCCUCAUUACAAAACGAAAGUAGAAGGUGGGCGUGUAAAAAUUGUUUACAAACAUACAUUUGGUUUCAUUUUAAGGGCACAAUAUGAGUUCUGCUGCUACAGCGACGGUAAGGUCCGUCAGGAACACGGACACAGGGAUUGACCUGUCAGUGACAUCAUAUACAGAGACGAAGGCAAUGGUUGGCAGCAACUACCUAUACCAGAUGAUGGUCGUGACGAACCUUCCUUGCUUCAAGUCUCCAAAACAAAAAGACACAGAUAACGUCCAGUUUACAGUGAUGAAGAAAAUUCAAGACUUCGAGGAACUGCAUACAAAGCUGAAUACCAAGUUCAGUGGCACGGUGUUGCCAACACUACCGAAGAAGGUACUGAAGAUGAACGAUUCUGUUGCUAAGGAACGCCGGAACAAUCUAGACCACUUUGUGAAGUUUCUGGCUUGCACACCGAAGAUUUGCUCAGAUCCGAUGGUGCUAGCAUUCCUCGGAGCGAGCAGUUCAAGAAUAAAAACCCUGACGGUGUCCGAUCGGGAGGUGGAGGGAGGGGAGACAACUGGUGACACAACCAAUGUACUGGGAGAGGAGGAGACAAAUGAUGAAGCCCCUGACCUAUUUGACACUGGCACAGGUACAGGUGAUGUGUGGGAAGAGGAGGAGGAGGAAGAAGAGGAGAAUUUGUUUGGGACAAAAGAACUGUCUUUUAAAACUAAUGUGAGCACCAAAAUAUUUGAAGACCUCGACCUAGAGGGAGCUCUACAUGAAGGCGAACAUGAGGAACUCUUUGUCACUGGGGCAAAGUCCGAGGGUGCCGUAACCAUGGUUUCACACGCAGAGGAUCAGGGAGAAGCGGCGGACCUCUUUGGGUCUGAUGAUGACAAUGACAUAGACGAGAUCAUGAACAUGAAACUGACAAGUGACGAUAAGACAGAUGAAGCUGAAGCAGAGACUACACCUUACCCUGACACAGUUGAGCAUUCCCAUGAACAUAACCCUGAACUCCUUGCGAGCAGAGAAGCUGUUGAUAGCACUGAAGUUCCUUUAAAACCUAAACCAGCACUGAAACAAAAGCCCAGCAUUCCUGCAAAAAGGACAGGCAAAGACCAAUCAAGUGAGACAAUCAUUACAACCACUGAAAACCUUUCUACCAAAACAGACCAAUCAAAUCUAAAGCCGCAGAUGAAACCUAAACCUGCGAUUGGACAAAAACCUGUGACAAGUAAAAAGCCUGAUUUGGCUGAAAAACCAGGUUUACCGCAGAAGCCUGCAUUGAAGCCAAAACCUUCCAAAUCUGAGUCAGAGCCUGUGCCGGACAACACUCAGGAUACUGUUGCCAUAGAGACUCUUACAGAAGAUUCUAUAAUGAAGUAUAUUGAGGCCAAUGCCAAUACUGAUGAUGACUUGGACUUGUUUUCCUAGAUAGCAAUAUUGAAAGCUAUUCAUGGCUCUGUGCUUACUCUGAAGCUGUGAUUCCUACUGCAGAUCAUGUUGAGUUUUUUUAAUCAUGGAUUUCAGAAAUUACUGCUAUCGAUUCAGAAUAAAAAACUAAAUAAUUUUAAGUUCUCAUAAUGCUGAUAAUAAAAACACAAGGGAGUGCAAAUAGAACAUUAGUUUACGACAACACAAGGGCAGUAUGAUUUUCUGCAAAACAUUAUGCAACGAUGGGAAGUUAUGUGUUGCCAUACAUAAUUCCUGUUAUUUCAAAGUCCAUUUUAUCAGUUGUUUGUGUGCGUUAGUGAGAAUUGUAACUGUUAUAAUAAUAUACAGAUGUUAAGUCGA